AUGAUCCUGAGAAAAUCGACCGAAGAUAUCAUUUUUUUCACCACGUGCUUGUUUUACUACUUCAAAGUUCUCGGAAUCGCGCCGAUCUCUCUGUACAUAAAAUCCACGAAAAAAAGUGCGUCCCAGUGCGUCGUAUUCACUCGUUCCAACAGAGCUCUCGUCUACGACGUCGUUCUAAUCUUAAAUUUAGUGACGGCCAACAUCUACAAAAUUUUAUACCUCUGCCUCAGAGUUUCCUCGACCAAAAUCAUAACGAUCGAAGCCGUAACAAACUGUUUAGAGGACUUUGUCACUUGUCUCUCAGCUGUUUUCAUUCUAAUAAUUAUUUGCUUUUCGCGGGAAAAAUUGAGCGCAAUGGUCAACGCAAUCAGUGGACUCACAGAAUGUUUGGAUGGCUUCGGCGUCGAAAAUCCGAAAAAGCACAAGCUUCAAUUGGAAAUCGGUAUGAUAAUCCUCGUAAAUAUCACCACUUGGAUUCUAGUAUUCGUCACAACGGCUGUGGCCGAGUUUUCUUACCUCCUGUACGACACCAUAAUGUACUCAAACGUUAUCGUGGUCAACGCUCUCCUUAUCCAAUACGGCGUGGUAUUGAAGCUUCUGCGUCAUAACUUCAAAAUGCUCAACGAAAAUCUGCUCGUAAUCAGCCAGGAAGUCCCGAUUAAAAUUCAAUCGCCCGUCGAAUCGAACAGAAGAGUUGAAAGACUGUCGCAGCUGAGAAAAUUACACGCGUCGAUGUGCAAAGUGUCGCGAGACGUGUCGAAUUAUUAUUCUUACCCGGCGCUGGCCUGUGUCGUGUGCGUAUUCUACACGUUGAUUUACACGUGCUACUAUCUAACCCGACCUAUUGUCCUUUACGAUCAGAACUUGAGAGGCGAUAUGUUUGUUAUGUCGUUGGUCUAUGGACUGUUGCUGGUGUUUUCUGUGGUGAUUUUGACGAAAUCCGUCACUGCUACGAUCGACGAGAGUGACCGAACGAAAGAAAUUAUUAAUGCUGGUUUGCUGAGGUUUGAGGAUGAUGAGAAGAUGAGCAAGAAGCUCAAUCAAUUCUCGAGUUACUUGUUACACACUGAUGUAAAAUUCAAGGUUUCCAAAUUGUUUUCUUUGGACGACUCACUACUGACUUCAAUGGCUAGUUCGAUCGCAACGUAUCUGGUGAUAGUGUUGCAGUUUCUUCAAAAAUGA